AUGUCUAAACAGCCAUCAGGAACUAAAUCAACCAUAAUAAGUAAAAUUUUACGACUUGUAGUAACAUUGGUUUUCGAUAUUGGUUUACCAUUACUCCUUUAUUCUAUCCUUUCAAGGCGUAUACCAAUCAUCUUGGCACUAAUAAUAUCAAGCAUCCCACCAACAAUUUACAUUAUUAUUAAUUUUAUCCUUCACAAACAAGUAGACCAUAUAGGAAUACUUAUUAUAAUUGGAUACAUUGUCGGAACUAUACUGUCAUUAGUAAAAGAUGAUCCAAGAUUAUUAUUACUACGGGAAUCAUUUGUCACUGGUGUAAUGGGUUUAACUUUCGUUAUCAGCUUGAUUCCGAUCAAAGUUGGCUCAUUUGAAAUGCGACCCUUAACAUACCGUAGUGCCAAACAAUUAGAAUUGAUAGAUCUUGAGGGUUUAACAGAAGAUGAACCUAUUCCUGAACGUUGGGAAAGGCAUUGGAAAUCUUAUCCUAGGUUUCGACAAAUUUUUAUUGUCAUGACAGCUGUUUUUGGUUUUGGUUUACUUUUUGAAGUUCCGGCUCGUGUUUUCAUUAUUUAUUCUAUGCCAACAAUUGAUGAUGCUGUUUAUCUUGCUAGUAUUAUUUUUCCUUGUUGGUUGGGUUGUUUAAUUUUAUUUUCUACCAUUUAUUUAAGAUAUAUGUUUAAAAAAGGUUAUGUGAUUAAGGAUGCUGCUGAAGUUGCUGCUACCAAUUAA